GAUCUCAAAAAUGCAGAGCGUGGUUUUCACUCUCUCCCCUUCUUUUUCUCUUUCUCUCAACAAACCUCGCACGCGCUUCCACUCUAUUACUCUCUCUUCUUCCACUUCCAAACCCAACGUCAAUGUCUCUUCUUCUUCCUUCCCGCGCCAACCGUUCUCUCUUGCCUCUUCUUCCUCUUCCAAACUCACGCUCUUUCAGGCCAAAGCAACCUCCGUGCCGGAGAGCAGAGAUGAUUCCUCCGGCAGUAACAGUUUGUUCAAUACUCUGGAACUUGGAGCCUUGUUUGGCUUCUGGUUAAUCUUCAACAUCUACUUCAACAUCUAUAACAAACAGGUUUUGAAGGUGUACCAUUUCCCACUAACUGUCACUGCAAUUCAGUUUGCAGUGGGAACUGUCCUUAUAUUGUUUAUGUGGGGAUUUAAUCUCUAUAAGAGACCAAAAGUCACUGGUGCUCAGCUUGCAGCAAUAUUGCCACUGGCUUUGGUACAUACUCUGGGGAACCUUUUCACUAAUAUGAGUCUUGGAAUGGUCUCUGUGUCUUUCACUCAUACAAUAAAAGCAAUGGAGCCUUUCUUUUCAGUGAUCCUCUCUGCUAUGUUCCUUGGAGAGAUGCCUACUGCAUGGGUGGUUGCUACCCUUUUGCCUAUUGUUGGUGGGGUGGCGCUGGCGUCUGUUACGGAGGCCUCUUUCAAUUGGGCUGGAUUUUGGAGUGCAAUGGCUUCCAAUUUGGCAAACCAAUAUCGUAAUGUUCUUAGCAAGAAGGUCAUGGUUAAGGAGGAGGAAUCUAUGGACAACAUAACCCUCUUCUCAAUAAUAACAGUUAUGUCCUUCUUGUUGUCAGCACCUGUAACUAUUUUCAUGGAGGGUGCCAAAUUUACCCCUGCUUACCUGCAAUCCGCUGGAUUAGAUGUUAGACAAGUUUACAUAAGAUCUCUUCUUGCUGCACUCUGUUUCCAUGCAUAUCAGCAAGUUUCUUAUAUGAUACUGCAGAGGGUAUCACCUGUAACUCACUCUGUGGGAAAUAGUGUCAAGCGGGUCGUGGUCGUUGUGAGCUCUGUCAUCUUCUUCCAAACACCUGUCUCACCAAUCAACGCAUUAGGGACUGCUAUAGCUCUUGCUGGGGUUUUCCUCUAUUCAAGGGUGAGGCGAAUGAAGCCAAAGACAGCUUAAUUUUCAGUAGUAAAAUUUUGCUAGGUGCAUAACACACACUCUAGUUACAAUUCUGAAUUUCUUUAUAGGUCAGAUAGGAUUGACCCCCUUACUAUACCCUUUUUUAGUUGAUAUAAGC